AUGUCGCAUAGUAAGCAUAAUACGUCGCUCGCCUUCUUCACGGCCCACGAGCGUGCCGAAUUAAAGAACACUUGGGGAAGCCAGUCUACACGACUCACCAGAGAUUCAUUUCUGCCCUUCGGCUCCUGUCGUCUCUGUCUGUUGCCCGCUCGCGAUCCCGUUUCUUGUCCCUCUCACGGCCAUCUAUUCUGCCGAGAAUGUGCCCUCUCGAACCUGCUCGCGCAAAAGAAGGAGAUCAAGCGCCUUGACAAGGAAUACGUCCUCAAAAAGCAAGAGGAAGCCGAAAAUGACGAGAUCAAACGAGAACAAGAGAGGGAACGUGCCGUUCAAGACUUCGAGCGUGUUCAACAAGGCUUGAACAGCAAACUCGGCUCCAGCGCUGCUGCUGCCAGGCACAUCAUUGGACGAGAAGCUGGUAAGGUCAUUGUCGAGGAACAGGACCCAGAUAAGAAAGGCACCAAGCGCAAGCUAGAGAUUGAUGAAGACGAACUCAUGCGUCUCGGUGGCCAGAACACCAAACCAAAGAAGGACUCUCAAAAUCCUAUCGAUCAAAAGGCUGCUACUUCUUUCUGGAUCCCCUCCUUGACACCCUCAAGCACAACUACUGCAACAAAGCCGACAAAGUCAAAUCCACAAUGUCCAGCUUCGACCCCUGACAAGCCCCACGACUUUUCUCUAAAAGCGCUCGUCUCUGUCCAGUUCACAGAAGAGAAGGCCGAGGGAUCCAACGAGCCCGUCCGCUCAUGUCCAUCAUGCAANAAGGCACUCACCAACUCAACAAAAGCAAUGUUGGCUAAGCCUUGCGGACAUGUUAUAUGCAAGCCUUGUGCUACCAAAUUCAUGAAACCCUCUGAGAAGGAUGCUCAUGAUGCAAAAGCAGAAGUCGGCGUUGUAAGAUGUUACGUCUGCCAGACCAACGUCACCGAGAAGAAGCGCGAGAAGAAAGAAGGCAAAGAGGAGAAGGAGAAAGUUAGACCAGGUGUAGUAGAGAUCAGCUCAGAAGGCACUGGCUUCGCUGGCGGAGGCAACAACAUGGUCAAGAAGACUGGUGUAGCCUUCCAGGUCUAG